CUUUACAUGGUUGUCGCCGUACAAAACAUACUGUACAGACCUCCCAGCUUCGCGUUUACCCAACUCCUUCGACAGAAACUGGAACAGCUUUUAUUAGACGUCUAUAAAACAUGGAGGGUGUGUGGUGAAAUAAGAGGAUUACACACACCGGAUACUUUUCCUACCACGCUUUUCUUCUGGACACUGGGACACUCCUUCAUUUUUGUGCGCUGGAUGUGUACCGAGUUCAGCAGGGAUCCCAGCAGACAUUCCCGGUGGUUUGUGUAUAGGAAAUGGCAACUGCUCUCAGUGGUCGAAACCCUGGCGGACGUGGACCGAACCGAAGUAAGGGUCGGAUUUUAGGCAUCAUUGAUGCCAUCCAGGAUGCAGUGGGGCCACCAAAACAAGCGGCUGCUGACCGGCGGACUGUGGAGAAAACCUGGAAACUCAUGGAUAAAGUUGUCCGCCUCUGCCAAAAUCCCAGACUUCAGCUGAAAAACAGUCCACCGUACAUCCUUGAUAUCUUACCUGAUGCCUACCAGCACCUGCGGCUUGUACUGGGCAAAUAUGAAGAGAACCAGAGACUCACACAGCUCAGUGAGAAUGAGUACUUUAAAAUAUACAUCGAUAGCCUUAUGAAGAAAUCCAAACGGGCCAUCCGGCUUUUCAAAGAGGGAAAGGAGAGGAUGUAUGAGGAGCAGUCACAGGACAGGAGGAACCUGACCAAGUUGUCUCUGAUCUUCAGCCACAUGCUGGCUGAAAUCAAAGCCAUCUUCCCUGGAGGACACUUCCAAGGGGACACUUUCAGGAUCACCAAAGCUGAUGCUGCUGACUUCUGGAGGAAAUUUUUUGGAGAAAAGACAAUAGUGCCAUGGAAAGUCUUCCGACAGUGCCUUCACGAAGUGCAUCACAUCAGCUCGGGCCUGGAGGCCAUGGCCCUCAAAUCCACAAUCGACCUCACCUGCAACGACUACAUUUCUGUGUUUGAGUUUGAUAUUUUCACACGCCUCUUCCAGCCAUGGGGAUCAAUUCUGAGGAACUGGAAUUUCCUGGCAGUGACACACCCUGGCUACAUGGCCUUCCUUACCUAUGAUGAAGUCAAGGCUCGACUGCACAAGUACAUCAAUAAGCCUGGCAGUUACAUCUUCAGACUGAGUUGUACACGGCUGGGCCAAUGGGCCAUCGGCUAUGUGACCAAUGAUGGCAACAUACUGCAGACCAUCCCCCACAACAAACCGCUGUUCCAGGCCCUCAUCGAUGGCUACAGGGAGGGCUUCUACUUGUUCCCUGAUGGGCGCAGUUACAAUCCUGACCUCACUGGUUUAUGUGAGCCAACACCUCAUGAUCACAUCAAAGUGACACAAGAGCAGUAUGAGCUGUACUGUGAAAUGGGCUCCACCUUCCAGCUUUGUAAGAUCUGUGCUGAGAACGACAAAGACGUCAAGAUCGAACCCUGCGGUCACCUUAUGUGCACUUCCUGUCUUACAGCCUGGCAGGAAUCGGAUGGUCAGGGUUGUCCAUUCUGUCGCUGUGAGAUCAAAGGCACAGAGCCUAUAAUUGUGGAUCCCUUUGACCCACGACAUGAGGGCACCAAAUGCUUCUUCCUGGACCAUCAUAGCUGCCCCAUGCUGGAGCUGGAUGAUGAGGAGGACCGAGAGGACUGCCUGAUCAUGAAUGGACUGGCCAACAUCAGGAAGCACUGUGCCGAGCGCCAGAACUCACCCAUGGUGUCUCCCAGCUCUUCACCUGUCAGCCAACACAGAAAAGCCUACGGAGGAGACCCCAGCCACUGCCUCCAGCACCUCAGCCUUCCCCCCGUACCGCCACGACUCGACCUCAUCCAGAAGGGCGCCAUCCGCUCCCCAUCUGCCAGUCCCACCGGCUCCCCGAAGUCUUCACCAGGUAUGUCUAGGAAGCAAGACAAGCCUCUCCCAGCACCACCUCCGCCUCAGAGGGACCCACCUCCACCGCCACCCCCUGUGCGUCCUCCUCCCAUCCCCCCAGAGUCACGACACUCUUGGCUCCCCAGUUCCACUUCCUUGUUCUCUGCCAUCUCAUCUUCUACCGGCGCGCUGUCAGACUCCCAGAUACCCCCGGAGACAUGGUGUCCCAAAGACAGCCACUUUGCAGAUGCCCACAGGACUGGAUCCGAACACCCACUCCCGCUGGGACCCUCUGGCCCCUCUCAUCUGAAUGGAAGACCACUCAGUUGUCCAUCCGGGGAAUUUGGGAGGUUACAUCACAGAAUAGAGGGGGCAGGAAACUCAGAGACCUCCAAGCCCUUCUCUAAUGGCGUGCAAGUCAGCGAUGAGUAUGACAUCCUUCCCUCUCAGCACUCUCCAACGCAGUCCACACUUGCAAGUAGCCACAAACCUUCCAACCCUUUCAGCAGUCCUGUGGUAGAACGACAGCAUGGAGUGAUGGAGAGGGUGGAAGACAGCUAUCAGAUCCCUUCAUCCAGCCUCUGCCUGAGUCAGUCUCCCAUCUGCAUUUCUAUGCCCAGCAGACACUUGGAGAACAGCUCUCCAGAGCCCUCCAUGGAGGAGAAGAAGCCCCACUCCCCAGAGCCUGGUGGACCCUCAGAGUCGAUCGGGGGCUUGGUCUCAGGGGCGGCACAUACUGCUCUCUGCCCCUUCACCAACACCAACAAGGCACCCUCAGACUAUGACGUUCUGCUGCCCCCCCAAGUGGUGGACGACCCCUACAACAGCCGCCCUCCGUCCCAGCCGCCUCCUCCUCCUCCUCCACCAGUGCGACACAGCUUCACCGACCUCUCCACCUCGUCGCUGUCCUCACCCUGCAACUCGUCCGUGUGCUCUUCUGUCAUCACACGACCACACAGACCCCCCUCUGGACAAGAGCACUUGCUGUUAACCCCCGACACAGUGUUUGACAUGCUGAACAAUGCUGCUCCCCUGCCUCCCGUCAGACGACAUACAGAAAAUGUUAAAGCCUCCAGAGGCUGCCUGGAAAACGACCGUUUACCAGCCAGUCAAGUCCCAAUGGAUUGUUUGCAGGCCCCUGCCAGGCCACCUAAGCCACUGCCCAGGAAGAUCUCUCCAGAAACGGAGUCAGAGAACGUGGACGCCAAGAUUGCCAAGUUGAUGGGGGAGGGAUACUCCUUUGAGGACGUGAAGAGGGCACUGAUGAUCGCCCAGUACAAAGUGGACGUGGCCCGAAACAUUCUGCGAGAGUUUGCCUUAGUGGCCCCCAGACUGAACCUCUAGUCCUAGAGAAAUCGAAAGGGGAGCACAAGAACGAAGCUGUGCCUCUGAAUGACUAAAAAGGGCUUCUUCAGACUGCUUGACCUCGGGCUGCUGCAAAAACAAUGAUCAACAGAAAGGAGACUAGAAUUUUGUUGCUGAACAGAGGUGACGGCGUGCAACACAGUGGCUAAAACCAAAUCACAGCAGAACACAGAAAAUUAAAAAGGGAGAAUAGACCGCCUGUGAAUGAUUUAAACCUGUGAAAAAAAGAACCGGGCUUAUUGUUGUUUACAGUGAGCUGUGCCAGUGCUGGCCUCUGGUUUUCAAACGCUUUUUUUUGUCUAGGAGCUUGGACUGCUUAAAUGUUUUUAAGCCUUGGUCCUACUACUGCUGCUACUGUUCCUUUCACAACCUGCCACUUACCAGACUUUAAUUUGGGCCUUUUUAAUAGAACAAGACUAAGACAAGACUCUAGCUCGUUUUAGCUGACAACCAGCUAAAACCAGCUAAAAACAACCAGUGGGGGGAGCCAGACUCCACCGUUUCUCUUCUCUUACUCCUUUUCUCACUCUCUCACCAUUUCCUUCCCUCUUGUGUUGCCUAUUAAGGAAUACUCCAUUGUUUGCCCAGGGUCUGGCUGACUGGUAGGUCCUGACAACGUCUGAUGAGUCGGGAGCAUUUAGAUGGAGCCUGAAGAUGCCUUAUUGAUUUGAUUAACUUGUUUCCUCCAGACUUGGAGACACCAGUGCCAGAGGGGUACUCUCAUUAGAUUUGAUAUCUCAUUUGGACAAAAUGAUGAAGCAGGAAUAGGGUGGGGGGUUAGUUUCACUCUUGGUUUCUGUUCCUAGACCAGAGGAUUAAUCAGCUGGGGCCUUUUUAAUUACUCUCUUCACUUGAGGACAGAAAGCUUAUGAAUGUAUUUGUUCUGCAUGAGUGAGCUCUACCUUUGUGCACUCUGAUCUCCUCUCAGGCCCAGUUUUGCCCUUAAGCGGUGGAACAUUUUUAAUGUUUGGGGACACUUCUCAAAAGCCAGAAGAUCGUGCCUGCAUUUCAGCUCAUUUACAUGACAGGAGCAAAACUGUUGUGUAGGUCAGUCAGUCAGAUGUCACGUGUUAGAGCUAUGAGACGAUGGACUCUGCAGCUGUCACGCUGCACCCGCCUCUCUUCACUUCAGUUCACAGCCAUCAUAUGGUGAAAAUUUCCACAUUCCCCACAUCUGAAGAAUCAUUCUUAAGCUGAUUUACAGUGAGAGUUACUUUAUAGCUCUGCAGUAAUUAUGCCUUUCUACUGCUGCAAUUAUAAUUAUGCUGCAGAGCAUUCAAACUAUUCACUGUGUAGUCCAGGUCAAUUUAAAACCCCCAUACCUCAAAAUUUCAAAUCAGCUGUGUUUGUCCUUGAUGACUGCAAGAUGUCUCACCUAUGCAUAUAUUGAAUUUGUUCAAGUGUAAUACCGUUUUUCUUUUUAGAAUAGUUUGCAAGAUGUUGGCAGAUCUGUGCCAGACCUGUUAUCCAUAAGACAGGAGCUAUGUUUACAGGGAUGGUAAAACCUAGCCAUUAGUCUCAUACCAAUCAAAUUCUAGCUUAUCAUGUGGGAAUUCAUUUUAUUGUUCUGGCCAGCAUUAUCAUUGGUUAUGAUAACAUUGUACUCGCAAAGGUUUUUGAGUUCUAGAAGUGGGAACAGAGUGACAUCACUACAACCAAGUCGCUCAGACAGGUUGGAGACUAACAGAGUAUCCAGUUUAUUUAAAACACCAUUAUGUUGUCUUAUAUGAACCCUUUUGUUUCUUUCCCCCUCUGUCUUUAUUUUAGCGAUGUUGCUGGGUUUCCACAUCUCAGCAGUUUGAAGAGUACAAUGUUAUUCUUUUACAUAUUUCAAAGUCUGGCAUUAAAAUUGCUACCUGUAGAAUUUGAACUUUGAUGACUUUGAUGAAAUCUUGAGUCACUUAGUAGUAUAUGCUUCCAUAACAGUCACUCGCUUCUUGCUACUUCUUAACUGGUUACAGCUAGAUUAUGUAAGCAACGCAAUUUUUUGUGUAUCAGAAUGUAUUGUGUGGGAAACAUUGGGCUAACAGAGACAGACAGCUUACCUACUGGAGUGUAGAUAGAUCAGUAGAGUGUGUCUUUUCUUCCUGACGAUACAAUGUGUUGUAUGAAUGUCAUCCUGACUACUGUAGUAAAUUUUGUUAUGUUCACAGUUGAUGCUGCAGAUUGACCUAGGCACAUCUGGAUCUAUGUGUCUUUUUGAAUAAACAAACAGAGUAAGUCAGAAUCUGUCUGUUUGGACUGAGGUUCCUCCUUUGUGCUGUGAGUUAGUCCAAGUGUCCCCAGAGACGAGCAGAAUAAAUUAAUUUUUCAAAAUUAAUUUGAGAUUAUAUAUUGUAGUGUUCUUCACAGAGUACUCUGUAAUUGAGGCUCCCUGCAAAGGAGCAGUGUUUCUGGUCAAAUAUUGAAUUGAAUUGAACAGUCAGGCUGCAAAAAUGGAUAAUACAGCAGGAGGAAAGGAUUAUCCCAGUCCAAACAGAGCUCCCUGUCAUGUCUUUUUUGUUUGUUUUGCCUCUGUUCUGAAACCAAAUGUGAAAGAAAGCGCUUCCUUUACAUGAGUGCUGUUUUCGUGUGUUGGAGUAAGUCAGGCAUCUUAACAGGUUUUGAUCGUAUGAGGUUAUACUAACCCUCACUUGACAUUUAUAUACAUCUAAGCAAAAAGAGGUCAACGUAACCUCUGACCAGGUUAACAGAAGGUUGUAAGCAUAGUGAGUAUGGCUCUCUGGCUGCAUGGGAAUACAAUUAUGCUACGUAAUGUAGACAAAAUUCUCGUCAGUGAAUGUGCUCUAAAAGACUACAGACUGGGCGGACAAAAUAUGUUUAACUGGUCAGUGUUACAGAUAACAGACAUCAAAUGCCCCCCCACCUUACCCAUGUAUUUCCAUAAGUGGAUGCAUCCACCACACUGCCAUCCAUUCCUUUCUUUUUAAGCAGCACUUUAAAGGGGAACACCACUGUAGUUUAAAAAGAACAUAUGUUAACAUUAGGGCCUAAAACUGAGAUAAUGAGCAAUUUUCUAAUCUGAAGUUUCUAAUCUGUUAUCAUCCAUAAUGAAGGCAGAUUCACACAAUAUAGUGUAGUAACACCAUGCAGCACAACCGUGAAAGCAUGUCAGCUAAACAACACAUAUAUAAACAUAUAAUGCAGCACUUAGAUGAUGCUUUUUCAUCAGCUUUAUCUGCUCCUCUGGACUGCCAACAUUAUUUACAUUUCAACAUUCAAACUAGCUAGCUGGCUAGAAAUGCUAGAAAAUGUUGUCUGAUCCUGCAAGAAUGCUCUCCUUUUCCAAUUUACAGAGUAGAGCAUAGUUAACGUCUAUGCAACACAUCGGCUGGUUUAUUUCCGGUAGACCGAGCCACAACAUAUUAUAGAAAUAAGGUAAUCAGAUGUGAAACUCGGUGAUAUUCCCCUUUAACUAAGCUUAAUUAUUGCACUGGUCUGUUUUCACUUUUAUAUUCUCAAAGUUGAAUGACUCUGUGGUCAAAUUCCAUUGGACUCUCUUGUUAUAAGUGGCCUUAGGUUGCAAGACAAGUUUUUAUUUUCUUAUUCCAUUUUCGCAUAAAUGUGCUCGGGUGACAAAAAAGUGUGAUAAUAUGUAAAGCAUAGUGUAAUGUGCAAUUAAUUUAUGCUUAUUAUUAAUGCUUUUUUCUUGCUGUCUUUUCAUGGAUGAGUCAAAUGUCACAGUCCUUUCUUUUAUUUUAAUGCUUUGUGUUGGUUCAUGAUACUGUGGGACAUCUGUUUCCUGACAGUGUGUUCCACUAUUAAAUAAACACAUUAUUUGAGCCCGAAGAUUCUAGCGAGUCAAAAGAGGUUUGAUAUAACAAAUGAGUGUCACCCCUAAUUAUGACUUCAGGGAGCUUCACUCUGCCCGCAAGCUAAAUUACUGAAGUCAGAUCAGGAGGAACUUUAACAACUGAUGGAAGGCACUUGAGAUUUAAAUGAACUAGUUCAGUGCCCGUUCAAAAUGUGCCUGUUUGGAAUGGUCCAGUUGCUUGGCUUCCGCUAUUGCUGCUUGCAGCUUUCUUAGUAUUGACCCAAUCCUGUUCUCCACCCUAACCUUAAACCGAACCCUCAGACUUAGUUGACUGGACUUGGUAAGUGCUUUGACUAUGAGACGCUGCAAGGGUCCAAAAAGGGUAUGAUGAAACAGCACUGUCCCAUUCCAGGCUCUUGCCUUACAGAGUGAGAGGUCAUUUUUAAUGGUCAUUUCCAUGUUUAUUUAUCUUUUUUUAACACCUCUAGGCUUCCCCUAGUUAUGUUAAACACAGGGAUCUGUGUUUAACAUAACAGUGCUAUGAACUGUCCAAGGUGGGUUAAAAUCAAGGAGAACUACACUUGGCUGAAGAUACUAGAAGCUGUUUCACCUCUCAUCCAAUAGGUUUCUUUAUUUCUGACUAACUGGUGGGGAAUCCAAGCUAUUUAACCUCUGUGGGGUCGUUAUUAAGGUGAUGGACAUCACUUGGUUCGUACAGUCGUUAUGAUCAUUAGAGUCACCUGAUCACACGAUCAUCUUUGGCAUUGCAGAUGAGUCGAAGUGUGAGUACAAUCUCCUGGGAAGGGAUGAAAGGACAGCGCUGUAGGUUGGGGAAAAUUGGCAGUGAAGGUUCAUCAUUCUGGUGUGAAUGGCUUCUUUUACUCCUCUUCAGGUGUUUAUGUUUCUUCUCUUCGGCUUGAGCACUUGUUGGUAUGUUAUCAGCUAUGUGGAGAGCCUUGUCCUCUUCAAUGUGUAUGGCACAGUUCAAGAAAGCCAAACUGUUGUUGCUGACAUCCUCUUGCAUGAACUGGAUGUUACUGAUGUUAUAGUAUGGUGGUAUGAUAGUAUGGUUUUUGUAAAGUGUCCUUGGGUGACUUUGAAGGCGCUGACAAAUAAAAUGCAUUAUUAUUAUUAUUAUUAUUA